AUGACGGAUGUAAUAGUCAGAACGGAAGUAAUAUAUCUCUGCACGGCUUCAGGAGAGAAGGUCUUGGACUGGACGUCUGGUCAAAUGUCCUCCCUAAUAGGCCAUGGUCACCCAGAUGUGGAGCCCACCAUUGCCGACUCCGCAGCCAACCUCGACCACUUGUACAGCGGCAUGCUCUCGCCACCAGUCAUCAGACUAGCCGAGACACUCACCAAUAUCUCGCCCACCGGCCUCGAUAAAGCAAUGUUCCUCAGCACCGGAGGCGAGAGCAACGAGUGCGCUAUAAAGCUUGCGAAGAUGUAUACUGGCAAGUAUGAGAUUGUGGGCCGGGUGCCAGCUGGCAUGGCUCGACGAGUGGUGCGAGGGGGGCACAGUAUUAUGCCGGGAGGAAGGGAUGCCGGGAAUGCACAUGCUGCCAUCGCCCGACUCCUACCGCUCCAUAUUCCGCAUCUAAGACGGGACCUACGAGAGCUUACCUACGGCUGGACGCUAAUUGACAAAGCAUCCGCCCCGAUCCUCAGCUCAGGCGGCAUGAUCCAUAUUCUAGCCGGGUAUAUGAGCGCCAUGAAAGCAAGCUGUCACGCGCGCAAUAUGCUCCUCAUCGUCGACGAAGCGCAGACAGCACUCGGUCGCGCCGGCGAUCUGUUCGCGGUGCAGUACGAGGAUGUCGUGCCGGAUGUCUUGACGCUGAGCAAGACGCUGGGCAAUGGCUUGCCGCUCAGUGCUGUGAUUACGAGUCGUGAGAUUGCGGAUGUGGUGGGAGAGAGGGGGUUUAUGUUCUAUACUACGCAUGCCUCCUCUGACAGCCGCUGUCGGCUCAGUCUUACAAAUUGUUCCCAAGAACAUCUAGCCGAGCGCUCUCGCGCUGCAGGUGCAAAACUGCGUGCUGGACUCCAACAGCUGAUGGAGCGAUAUGGGUGUAUCGGCGCCAUCCGGGAAAGAGCAUUGAUGGCUGGAAUCGAGAUUGUGAAAGACUGGGAGACGAAGGAACUAGCCUUUGAAUUUGAGAAGAAUCUGAGUGCUAGGAUGAUGGAACUGGGGCUUUCGGCAACUAUUUCGACGAGAACGUCUUUGGUAAUAUCAGGAUAG